AUGUUCUCCUUGUUCUAUGGUCUAUGGAAGCAUGUCUUCAGCAAGACAGAGUUCCAUGUGCUUAUCCUCGGAGUUCAUAAGUCUGGCAAGACGACCUUGCUAGAAAAGUUGAAGUCGAUCUACUUGAAGGGAGAAGGGCUUCCGCAUGAUCGCAUUGUUCCAACAGUCGGGCUUAAUAUUGGGCGUAUUGAAGAUGCGAAUGUAAAGCUUGUUUUCUGGGAUCUGGGAGGCCAGCCUGGCCUACGAACAAUAUGGGAGAAAUAUUAUGAGGAGGCCCAUGCUGUAAUAUAUGUUAUCGACUCUGCUUCUGCAUCUUCAUUUGAGGAUGCUAAAUCUGCUCUUGAGAAAGUUCUGCGUCAUGAAGAUCUGCAUGGAGCGCCAAUACUCAUAUUUGCAAACAAGCAGGAUUCACCAGCAGCUGUCACAGAGGAAGAAUUGGCUAGACAUCUGCAUCUUAAGGAGUUAGAUGAGAGGCCAUGCAUGUUCCAGGCUGGAUCUGCCUUUGAUGGCUCAUUCCUCCAUUUCAGGACGGGGAUCAAACAUGGUGUAGACUGGUUGGUGGAGGAAAUGGAAAGGAGUAAACGCACUGAGGCACUAAGGGCGCGUACAGAAGCAGCUGGGAAGAUUUAA